ACCGCCAGGUGUCCCGUUUCCUUUUUCUCGAAGACUGUCUAUUUAAGCACAGAGUGAAGGAUAGUUUUCGCAAAGGAAUCAAUCAAGAGAAAGUGCAUGGUUUGUCCGUAUCUUUGCGUGAUCUGUGAACACAACUGUGAGUGUAUGGUGUGUGCAGCAAAUUGUUAAAGCUCAACCUUCCUUACGAGUGGAAAGAAUCUGUAGUGAUUGUGAAAAUUGUGAAAACGUUGCUUUCGAAACGAAUGCAUCAGAUUACCGCGGUAGUACCGCAGGAGCAGCAGCAGCAGCAACAGUUCUGGCAGAUUGUGUUCAACAUUCGGGAAUCUGCCCAUCGGAAGCGUCAGUUCCGCUGACAGGUUUUGUGUUUGGUGCCUAAAAACAACCACAACGACGACAACAACAACAACAACGUGAACGUGCUAACGAAGUUGCAAGGGCCACCAGUGGAGGAAUCACCAGCCGUGCCCAUACCGGUAGUAGGUGAUCCGGUAGCUGAAGAAACAACCGGAAGAAAAAAGAAGAAAGAAACAAAAAACCCAAACCGCAGAGAAAUCUCUUUGUGAUUGGACUGGUCUGGUGGAGAUGUAAAUCAUUCGCCCACAACCAUACUCCCUCGUCCGUGAAUCGUCAGAGCGUCCCGUGGCGCCACAGCCGACACUUUCGAGAUCCAGCACACACCUUGCACACGCUCCUGCCAAGUGCACGUCACAUCGCAAACGUCAAUCGAUCAACCAGAAUCAGAAAAACAAAACCGGAAGUAGAAGAAGAAAAACAAGAAGGAUGGACAGUUACUGGAGAUACGCGUUGAUCUGGCUGAUGCUGGCUACGCUUUUCAGCGUCACUCGAUCGGCCUCGGUCGCUACAGCCACGACUGGCGAUGAUGAUAUUGAAGAUGAUGCCGGUGUAGACAAUAUGCAGAGCAAUGCGGAGAUCGAUAUCGACACGGAACAGAAGGCUGCCGGGUUCACGGUGUACGAUUAUGUGGCCGUCUGCGCGAUGCUCGUUAUUUCGAUUGGUAUCGGAGUGUUCUACGGAUGGUUCGGCAAGAAGAAGGGCUCCGAUACUGAGGGCGGUGGUGCCGAUAGUUCCGGUGGUGAUUUUUUGCUCGGUUCCGGCAUGAGCCUGUUCCCGGUGACGCUCAGCCUGACCACGAGCUUCAUUACGGCGAUCGAACUGCUCGGCAAUCCGUCCGAGAUGUUCUUCAAUGGUACCCAGUUCUCGUUGAUCGUCAUCUCGAUGGUGCUGGUUGUUCCGGUUGCGGUCAAAGUGUUCUAUCCGAUUUACUACAAACUGGAUGUAACCAGCUGCUACGAGUAUCUGGGCAUGCGGUUCGACAAGCGUAUCCGUGUGUUCGGUGCCAUCCUGUACAUACUGCAAAUGCUGUUCUACACGUCGGUUGCAGUGCUGGCCCCCGCUAUCGCCCUCUCGGAGGCAACAGGUCUCGAUAGGUACAUCGCCGUCGUGCUGAUCUACUUCGUCUGCAUCUUCUACUCAUCGCAGGGCGGCAUGAAGGCAGUCGUUAUCGCCGACACGUUCCAGGCCGUCGUGCUGCUGGUCUCGCUGGUGUUGAUUCUCAUCCUCGGCACCCACUACUCGGCCGGACUGUCGGAUGUGUUCUCGCGGGCCUCGGAUCAAGGAAGGAUUGAGUUUUUCAACUUCGAUCCAAACCCCACGACACGCCACUCGGUGUGGUCCGUCAUCAUCGGUGGCUUUUUCUACUGGACCUCGAUGUUCUGCACCAAUCAGGCGUCCGUUCAAAAAUGCAUGUCAUUAAAAUCGCUGAAAACGGCCAAACAUGCCCUCUACCUCGCCCUGCUCGGAUUGAUUGUGGUGUUUUUGAUGAACUUCUACACGGGAUUGAUGACUUUCGCGCACUACUCCGAGUGCGAUCCGUUGGCGGCGGGCCAGAUAACGGCCAAGGAUCAGCUGCUCCCGUUCUACGUGAUGGAUGUGUUUGGCCACAUCAAAUUCAUGACCGGCAUCUUUGUGGCGGGCAUUUUCGCCGCUAGUCUCGGAACCGUUGCGGCCGCACUGAACUCGCUGGCAGCCGUCACUAGCGAGGAUCUGCUGGUGAGCGGAAUGGAGUGGAAGAUACCGCAGGGCAAGGGAGCGCUGUACGCCAAGUGGAUGUCCUUAGGAUUCGGAUUAGUUUCGUUUGGAUUGGUUUUUGUGGUGGAACGGCUCGGUGGCAUUCUGCAGGCCACGCUCACCCUGAACGGUCUCAUCGGUGGCGUUACGCUGGGCCUUUUCAGCCUCGGUAUCUUCUUCCGUCGUGCCAACAGCAAGGGUGCCCUCUACGGUGGAGUAACGGCUCUGCUACUGGUCAUCGUGGUCGGUGUGCUGGCACAGCUUAACAACGAAGAUCCGGCCCCUCUGCCAUCAUCGGUGGCCGGCUGCAAUGCGACCAUCUUUGGCGAUCUGGGAAACCAUCCAGCGAUGACGUAUGCACUGCAUCCGGGGGAUGGAUCUUCGCUGGCUUUGGCGCUUUCGUUGGAAGAUGAUGCAACGGGUACUGGAGACGGUGAGCAGCAGUUUUGGAAUUCCGAAGCUCAUGACGGUAGCUUCUACAGCUUCCACAGACAGGCUCGCGAUGUAGAUUCGACGGAUUCAUCCGACGAUUCCUCCUGGUUCUCGUCGGUGCUCCGGAUCAGCUACAUGUGGUACAGUUGCCUCGGUGCCCUGCUUACCAUGCUGUUCGGUAUCAUCGUUUCGCUCAUCUUUGGCGAAGAACCACUUACCUGCUGCUCCGGCCGUGCGCAACCUGAAUCUCCCCUGCCAUCCACUAACGGUAACGGCAGGAUCUCCACCGUCAGCGGCAGUGUGGUGGAAUCGAAUGGAGUUGCCGAGAAGAGACCGAGUGGCAAGCUGAACGUAGGCUCGAUGGCUCCCCUUGCGCUGAUGAUGCGAACGUCAGUAAAGUUCAACCCAUCGGCAGCCGCCAGCGAUGCUCCCACGAAACCAUACCGCAGCGAGUCGCGAGAAAGCUUCGCGAACGCCGCCAGCCUUAGUUCGAGCGUCGCCAGCAUCCUUUCCAUCGAUCAGCAAACGGUUUCGUCGGAGCUUGGUUCCUACACCGAGCCGGAGGAGAACGGUACAGUGGUGGACCAGAGGAAGGGCACGGACAGCACCGGUGGUGCCCCGCACCAGCCCACCGGAAAUGGCAACCAAUUGGUCACGAUCCUGGCCCGGUCGGUGGCGGCGAAGGAAAGCGAAAGAUUUUAAUUAUGAAUUUUACGAAAGUUUUCUUCGAUUUCCAUCGUCGUCGUCGUCGUCGUUCCCUCCGUACGCUCGCCGAUGGGAAUUGAUGGAUUCACAAAAGUGCAGCCCCCAUCAAUUUCUUCGUCGUCGUCAUCGUCAAUCUGAAUGAAGGGGAAAAUAAUUUGCAGCUAUCAUCGUUCUCGCUGGCAGCUCGCUCUCGCGGAUCAGGAACGGAAUUAAAAACGGGGCGGUAGAGUAGUACUCCAGAGAGAGAGAGAGAGAGAGAGAGAGAGAGAGAGAGAGAGAGAGAGAGAGAGAGAGAGAAGAAGCUAUGGAGCUGAUGGGGACAGUUUUAUGCUUUCCAUCCGAUAGCGGUUGAUGGUACCGACAGUGUGUCAUCCUUUCACCAGGGAGUGUAAUUGAGAUUUCUUAACGAGGCAGAGAGAGGGAGUGACGGUGGUGAUGCGGCAGUUCACUGCUUAAUUGCUGCAGGACGAAUUGAGAAGAAGCUGCUGAUGAGAUGCUGCCGCUGAUCAGGGGAAGGAGGUGCAGUUGCUAUAGGAUGUAUGAAUCUGAAUCAUUCCCAUGCUGGAAUGGUAGUUAUAAAGAAGGAAACUAACAGUGCCCGGUGUGUUACCGGAUAGGUAGCGGUAGAUGUCAGUAUUUUGUUGAAUAGGUGUAUAGAGCUGGUACUAGUGGUGGCCGUUGAAAAUAUAAACGACGAACGAUAAGCGCGACCGGA